CUCGACGAAUUCAUAGGGUAUCUCGAAGUCUAUCACAGUGGUACCCGCAAAAUUGGAUUAGCAAAUGGAAUUGUUCUCGAUAUACUCAGGUCAGCCCUGCGACAUUCCCUCUUCAAGCAUGCGGUCCAUCUUUACAGGAAAGAGUACAAAUUCGCAAUUGUUGGGGAUUUAUUCAGACAUUAUUUAAUCGCACCCGAUCUCGGCGCUUUAUUAAACGCGAUGGAUGCUCUCGAUAGUGGAUCCCAG